AUGGAAUUACCAGCCAAGGGGCCAGUAUCCGGCCACCGGAAACCGCCAUAUCGAAUAGAAACCAAAAACUUGUCCUACAAACUUCAGUUGGGUUUUGAAUUUAAUUGGGUUUUUUGUUGGAACACACUCAACCAAGCCACCACAUACAUUUUGAAGGACGUGAAUUGUGAAGCUAGGCCUGGGGAGAUCACGGCCAUAGCCGGUCCAAGCGGAGCCGGAAAAACAACAUUGCUAGAAAUUCUUGCCGGGAAGAUAUCAUCAAGUAGAGUAUCUGGCCAAGUACUCGUGAACAGUCGUCCCAUAAACGCUAAACAUUUUCGGAGACUGUCUGGUUAUGUAAGCCAAGAAGAUGCUCUAUUCCAAUUACUAACUGUUGAAGAGACACUCAUGUAUAGUGCUCUUCUCAGGCUUCGCGGUGGCCGGAAAGAGGCUGCAUAUAGAGUGAGAGUGCUGAUGAAGGAGCUGGGACUGGACCAUGUAGCUGAUUCAAGGAUAGGUGAAGGAUCAAGCCAUGGCAUUUCUGGGGGCGAAAGGCGAAGGGUCUCCAUUGGAGUUGAAUUAGUACACGACCCAUUGGUCAUUUUGAUCGAUGAACCCACUUCAGGGUUGGAUUCAGCAUCAGCUCUUGAUGUGAUCUCACUACUGAAAUCAAUGGUGGUUCAUCAAGGGAAGACAAUUGUGUUAACUAUUCAUCAACCCGGGUUCCGAAUCCUGGAACUGUUUGAUCGGCUUGUUCUGCUUUCAAAUGGUUGUGUCCUUCACAAUGGUUCAAUGAAACUACUUGAAGAUAGGCUUAAGCUUUCUGGCCAUUUCAUUCCUCGAAACAUCAAUGUGCUCGAAUUCGCCAUUGAUGUCACCUGCACUUUGGUCAUACAAACUUCUGAAACUCUUAACAACCGAUUCUUAAUCAAAGAUCAUAGAUAUGAUCAUGAUUUGAGAAUUUUCCAGAACAAUGAGAUUGGAGAAGACUCUCUCUCCUACCAGAAUUCUGUAUUCAAGGAGGUUUUAAUACUUGGACAGAGAUUUUGCAAGAACAUAUUCAGAACCAAACAACUAUUCGCCACAAGAAUCAUCCAAGCCUUGGUAGCUGGACUAGUACUCGGGUCCAUUUUCAUGAAUGUUGGCAAUGAUCUAGGUCAGGUGGCUCUACAAACCCAAAGCGGGUUUUUCGCAUUUAGUCUCACUUUCUUGUUAUCCUCAACAACAGAAGGCCUACCAAUUUUCCUGCAAGAGAGAAGAAUUUUCAUGAGAGAGACUUCAAGAGGAGCAUAUAGAGUAUCUUCUUAUGUUAUAGCAAACACCCUUGUCUUCCUUCCUUUUCUCUUAAUGGUUGGUCUUCUGUACACCACCCCGGUGUACUGGAUGGUAGGUCUCAAGCACAACAUCUAUGCCUUCCUCUACUUUGCCCUGGUGGUUUGGAUGGUUGUGUUGAUGUCAAAUUCUUUUACGGCAUGUUUCAGUGCCCUCGUGCCGAACUUCAUCAUGGGGACUUCUGUCAUUGCGGGGUUGAUGGGGUCUUUCUUCCUCUUUUCCGGUUACUUUAUCAUGAAGGAGAACAUACCAAAUUACUGGAUUUUCAUGCAUUACUUGAGUCUGUUCAAGUACCCUUUUGAAUGUUUCAUGAUCAAUGAGUAUGGAGGGGACGAAGGUAGGAGGAGAUGUUUAGAAAGUGAAGGAGCUGAAUGCAAGUUAUAUGGGGCUGGGUUUUUGAAGCAGCAGGGGUUUAUAGAGUCACAGAAAUGGAGCAAUUUAGCUGUUAUGUUGGGUUUCAUCAUAGGAUAUAGAGUUCUUUGUUUUCUGAUUUUAUGGUGCAGAGGCAACAGAACCAGAAAUUAG